UACACUAUCAUACCAGAGCGGCUGUGAAAUGGACGCAAGCAGCGGAUUGAGCUGUGACCCGGGGAGCAGAGUAACUGGCAGCGCUUCGCCACUUGCUCCUGGGCCUGAGGAAGUGCUGCGGUACCGUUCCCCGCUCGUUUCCCGGUAUGCCAGCAAGGAGAUGGCCUUCAACUUCAGUGACAGCAAGAAAUUCCAGACCUGGAGGCGACUCUGGCUGUUCCUGGCGCAGGCACAGAGGAACUUGGGUCUGCCUAUUACUGAGGAGCAGAUUCAAGAAAUGGAGGCUAACUUAGAGAAUAUAGACUUCAAGAUGGCUGCCGAGGAAGAGAAGCGUCUGCGCCAUGAUGUCAUGGCUCAUGUUCACACGUUUGCCCACUGCUGCCCCAAAGCAGCACCCAUUAUUCACCUGGGAGCAACCUCUUGCUACGUGGGCGACAACACAGACCUUAUUGUACUGCGGGAUGGUUUUGAUUUGCUGAUUCCAAAGCUUGCUCGGGUUAUAAAUCGCUUGGCUGACUUUGCAGAAAGAUAUUCUGACCUUCCAACACUAGGGUUCACCCACUACCAGCCUGCCCAGCUGACCACUGUUGGAAAACGAACCUGUCUCUGGUUGCAGGACUUGUGUAUGGACCUGCAUAAUCUGGAGCGAGCCCGCAAUGACCUCAGAUUCCGAGGGGUGAAGGGUACUACUGGGACACAGGCCAGCUUCCUUCAGCUCUUUGAGGGUGACCAUGAAAAGGUGGAAGAGUUGGACAGAUUGGUGACUUGCAUGGCAGGUUUCAAAAGAGCGUAUAUAGUGACGGGGCAAACCUACAGUCGCAAAGUGGAUGUGGAAGUGCUGUCUGUUUUGGCCAGUUUAGGUGCCACAGUCCACAAGAUUUGCACUGAUAUCCGUUUGCUGGCCAACCUGAAAGAAGUAGAGGAACCUUUCGAGAAGGAGCAGAUUGGGUCGAGUGCAAUGCCAUACAAGAGGAAUCCCAUGCGUUCUGAACGUUGCUGCAGUCUGGCCCGGCACCUCAUGACUCUGAUUAUGAACCCAUUGCAGACUGCCGCUGUGCAGUGGUUUGAGCGCACCCUGGAUGACAGCGCCAAUAGGCGCAUUUGUUUGGCUGAAGCUUUUCUGACAGCUGACAUUGUUCUCAGUACUUUGCAGAAUAUUUCCGAAGGGCUUGUGGUAUAUCCAAAAGUAAUUGAGAGGCGAAUCCGUCAGGAACUGCCUUUCAUGGCAACCGAGAAUGUGAUCAUGGCGAUGGUGAAGAGUGGAGGGAACAGACAGGACUGUCAUGAACGCAUCAGAGUACUUUCACAACAAGCUGCUGCUGUUGUAAAACAGGAUGGAGGAGACAAUGAUCUUAUAUUAAGAAUCCGCUCUGAUCCUUACUUUGCCCCCAUACAUUCUCAGUUGGAACAGCUGCUGGACCCAAAGUCCUUUACUGGUCGAGCACCACAGCAGGUCGUGAAGUUUGUGAAGGAAGAAGUGAUUCCACUGUUAUCCCCCUACCAGAGCAAGAUGGAUGUGAAGAUUGAAUUGGACCUGUGAAAUGUCUCAUUUAAAAAUAUUUAUUUUGCAAAUAAACCAGUGGAUUUCACUUCUUUGUUCAGGGAA